AACUUGCACUUCUAUAUUCUGAUCACCGUUGUUGUCAUUUAGACGACAACCCUUUUUUGAAUUUACCCACCUUUUUUUUCCAAGACGUCCAACCUGCGCGCCCCAACGCACACCACCGUUUCGCCUGAGAGCUCAGUUAGCGCACGAAACGGUGCACAAAGGAUGGCAAACCCUUCUUCAUCUCACCAUGAGCGUGACCGCGAACGUGAACGUGAACGCGAGCACCGUCACCGCUCAGAGCGACACCAUCAUCACCGAACCAUAUCUUCAACAACCCUCCUACUCGUCCUUUCCCUAGUUCUUGCGGUCCUCGCUGUCAUGCUUUCACUACCAGCAUCUAGUAGUUCAAAGGCAGCAGCAGCAGCCGGAGCAGAGGACCCUGCUGCAUCUGGACUCUGGGGUUACCUCACUCCCAAACGAUCGCAAGCGCUUGUCUCUCGCGAGAGUGCUGUUGCUGGACGUGAAGCUGAAGUGGCGCGUCGCGAGGCAGAACUUCUCGUCGGCGCACCUGGUGGCGUGCUUCCAGCUCAGCAGUCCCCAGUUGUUUGCCCUAUCUGCCCUACCGCCACUAUCGUAGACAUCCCACCUGCACAUACCAUCAUUAAAGAAGUCGUCAAGGAAGCAGACCUUGCACCUCCAGGGUGGUGGAAGGAGGCCAAUGCCCGUGCCGAGGAAAUCCUAGAUCGCGAGCUCAGAGUUGGUGAUAGAGAACGCGAGAUUACCCGCCGCGAGGAGAGCGUCAACAGAAGAGAGCAUGACGCUUCGAGACGCGAGGCUUGGAUAAUGGAACAGCUUGUUCUCAUCAACAACGAUGGAGCUUCUCUCGAGGAAGAAGUGUUCUAUGAGCCUGCUGUUGGCAAGCGGAAACUCAAGGAGCUUCCUCCCAUGGUAAUCGCUGAAACUGAAACAAAAACUAUCAUCCAAUAUGAAACUUUACCUGCCUCGACUGUCACGGUUCCCCCACCUGCCAAUACCCGUUUUGCUGCAUUCCCUACACCUGAAGUCUUUUCAUCGAGCUACACUACUCAAAUUCCCAGAACCACAUCCAUCACUUUUGAAGAAGAUAUCAUUCGUGAGCCCUUGCGGGCUGAGGAGGUAGAAGAGUAUGAUGUGGAAGAGUAUGAGGAUGAGGAUGUGAGAGCAGUCACGCUUCGCCGCAAUGCCCGGCCAAACCGGCGACCGCCACCAAAUUCACGUGGCUGGUUGUGGUAAAUGGACUUUUGCAAAGUUGUUCUCUUUUUUUAUUCCUUAACCGCCUGCUUCAUUUUUAUUCCUCUUCCUUUCUUCAUCGCUGCGUAGUUUCCUAUGACUUCUGCUUUGCGAUCUGAUCUCCCUUUCAUACAUGACACGACAACUCACGGUUCACAGAGACUGCGUUUGAUACGUACGGAUUGAGACGGCCUAUGACAUUACGAUCCGGGAUACGCGUUGCUUUCUUGAGUAUGUAGUAUAGGUUACGCUAAGAACUUUUGACUACUUAUGGCCCCUGCUCU